UAUUAUGAAAGAGUUCUAAUCACACAUGCUGGCUGGUGCAAUAGUUUUAUCAAAGAAAUAAAAAUUUUAAAUCGUAUUUUCGGGAGUUGCGUCCAUUAUAUCCUGUUUGAAGUUGUCAAAAUAUUUAAUAUUAUUGUGUAAAUUGUUGUAAAAAUGUUGUGCGCUACUCGUGCCAUCAGACAGAAGGUGUUGGAGUAUUCCGGCGUGGGAACGGAAUUUUACACACAGAAGAAUUUCUACUCAGUUCUCAAAAAUAGCGCAGCCCCAACAGUUCCUAUUUAUCAGCAGCAUGCUCUACAGUACAGACAAAAGUCUGAUGGAGUGCGCGGUGCCGUUAUCGGUAUCGAUUUGGGCACCACGAACUCAUGUGUCGCCGUCAUGGAAGGCAAGACACCAAAGGUGGUUGAGAACAGUGAAGGCUCGCGAACCACUCCAUCCCACGUAGCCUUCAGCAAGGAGGGUGAGCGGCUGGUGGGCAUGCCAGCCAAGCGGCAAGCUGUCACCAACAGUGGGAACACCUUCUACGCGACCAAGCGGCUCAUCGGACGCAGGUUCGACGAUCCGGAGGUCCAGAAAGAUAUGAAGAAUCUGUCUUAUAAGGUGGUAAAGGCUUCCAAUGGCGAUGCAUGGGUUCAAGGCAGUGAGGGCAAAGUGUACUCACCGAGCCAGAUCGGAGCGUUUGUAUUGAUGAAGAUGAAGGAGACAGCCGAGGCGUACCUCAACACGAGUGUCAAGAACGCUGUCAUCACUGUGCCUGCUUACUUCAACGACUCCCAACGGCAGGCCACUAAGGACGCCGGACAAAUCUCUGGUUUGAAUGUGUUGCGUGUCAUCAAUGAACCGACAGCGGCCGCCCUCGCUUACGGAAUGGACAAAACUGAAGACAAAAUCAUCGCAGUUUACGACUUGGGCGGGGGCACGUUCGACGUAUCGGUGCUGGAGAUACAGAAGGGCGUGUUCGAAGUGAAGUCGACCAACGGCGACACGCUGCUUGGAGGCGAAGACUUCGACAAUGUCAUCGUCAACUUCCUCGUCGACGAGUUCAAGAGAGACCAAGGCAUCGACCUCCGCAAGGACGCGAUGGCAAUGCAACGUCUGAAGGAAGCUGCGGAGAAGGCAAAGAUUGAGCUCUCAGGAUCUCUGCAGACGGACAUCAACCUGCCAUACUUGACUAUGGACGCUGCGGGGCCGAAACACAUGAAUCUUAAGAUGAGCCGCUCCAAGCUGGAGUCGCUGGUGUCGGAGCUGAUCAAGCGCACGGUGGCGCCGUGUCAGCGCGCGCUGCAGGACGCGGAUGUGCAGCGGAGCGACGUCGGCGAGGUGCUGCUGGUCGGCGGCAUGACCAGAAUGCCCAAGGUCCAAUCGACGGUGCAAGAAAUAUUCGGUAGGGCUCCGUCGCGCGCCGUCAACCCCGACGAGGCGGUGGCCGUGGGCGCCGCCGUCCAGGGCGGAGUCCUGGCGGGUGACGUCACGGACAUUCUCCUGUUGGACGUGACCCCGUUGUCGCUGGGCAUUGAGACACUGGGCGGGGUGUUCACGAAGCUGAUCACUAGGAAUACGACUAUACCGACGAAGAAGAGCCAGGUGUUCAGCACGGCCGCCGACGGGCAGACGCAGGUUGAGAUCAAAGUGCACCAAGGUGAGCGCGAAAUGGCCGCGGACAACAAACUCCUCGGGCAGUUCUCGCUGGUGGGCAUCCCGCCCGCGCCGCGCGGCGUGCCGCAGGUCGAGGUCACCUUCGACAUCGACGCCAACGGCAUCGUGCACGUCUCCGCGCGGGACAAGGGCACCGGCAAGGAGCAACAGAUCGUGAUCCAAUCGUCGGGCGGUCUGUCCAAAGACGAAAUCGAGAACAUGGUGAAGGCGGCCGAACAGUUCGCGGCCACAGACAAGCAACGCCGGGAGAGGGUCGAGGUGUCCAACCAGGCUGAGGGCGUGUUGCACGACACUGAGACCAAGAUGGACGAGUACAAGAACCAGCUGCCUCAGGACGAGUGCGACAAGUUACGUGAAGAGAUCGCGAAGCUGCGCGACCUCCUCGCGAAAAAGGACGACGUUGAUCCGGAGACGAUCCGCUCGGCCACGGGCACGCUGCAGCAGGCCAGCCUCAAGCUGUUCGAACAGGCUUACAAGAAGAUGGCGGCCGAGCGCGAAGGACAACAGCAGACGACAGACUCUACGCAAGAGGAGAAGAAAGAAGAGAAGAAGAAUUAAGGUGAUGUACGCAAACAGGCAUGAGUCGGCAUUUAAUGAGAACCGGUUCCGAGACGUUCCACACACAUAUAUACAUAUAUAUAGAAAUCUGGGCAAUAUAUAAGUAUUGUUAUAAGAAUUUAUUUACAUUUUAACCGCUGGAUUUUCCUAUGAAAACUCCUCUAACGCCAGGCGCAUUUUUUCAUGCCUAGCGUACGCGUUUCAAACACGCCAUGACUAAAAAGAGUUAAUAAUUCAAACCCUACGGGCGUUGUGUAGCUUUAUUAUGGAGUAUAUGUUUUUAAAUGAAAAAAUUUUCACAUUAAGCGCAGUACGUGAAAUGAAGCUUUAUUUACAUGUACAGUCGACAGGACAUUAACCUACCCAAAUUCUUUGCAAUCUCGCCUCUAUCACCGCGACAUAGAGGUUUAUGCAGGAUAACGUGGUGCGCUGUUGACUGUACAUGGAAAUAUAUAUAUAUAUAUAUUAAAAUUUGUGAAUAUUUCUUGAAAUAUAUAAUAUAUAAUGAAUAAACUUCAUAUAACGUCGACAUGUGAACCGGUGGUGUGUGCAAGCGUUAGAAUAGUGGUUAGGGCUUUCGUGCUGCGUUCAUUUGUACUCUGAUUUGACAUCGUAGACCUGUGAUAGACGAUCUGUGCACGGUUU